CGCUCUCGUGUCUUCCCCGCCCCAUUGAUUAUUACUUCGCCAACCUGCCAGAACUGGUUGGUCGUGCGAAAUCCACCUUCCAGACCGUCUCCGACACGAGGUUGAGUUACCUGCCCAUCAUCCACCAUCCACCGUCCACCGUCCACCGUCCACCGUCCGCCAUCAAUCGUCAUCAUCAUCACCAUCAUCCUCUCCCUCACCUCCUCCCCUCUCCACUUUCCGGCUGCUGUUCAUCACCUCUCUCUGUCUCUCAAGGCUGUAUGCCAUCGCCCGGACUGCUGCGCCAUUCUCACUGGGGUCGUUUGAACAUAAAAAGUCCACCUGACCAGGUCAUCCAAGCCUACAGGAUCCGAGGGCCAACUGCAGUAAGGCCGGUUGUGUCAACCUCGUCUCAUCUCGCUCCGUUCCCGCUCGGGGUGGUCAUCGAUGGAUCUCUUAUGACACGACACUCGAGAGACCCAACACCUUGCGACCACACUUGAUCGCCAUGCUGCAACGACUCGAGCACACCUUGUGUAAUGUGUAAUAUCCAUGUCCGCGAAGCCCGGCAUUGAGAUUAUCGACCGAUCUUCGCCCAGCAAUCCUCCAGCCUAUUGGCCCAGGCGCUCCCCCAGGUAGUGGUUGACAUUUCGAAUCUUACCUGCCGAUGACAGCCUCAAUCAUGGACCAGUCCCGUCAGUGGCAGGAACGGUUUCAGUGCCCGUCCUGUUCCAAGUCGUUUGUGCGAAAGGCCCAUAUGCUCCGUCAUCAGCAGCAACAUGUCGCACAAAGACCCUUCACCUGUAAUUUCUGCUCCAAAUGCUUUAAGCGAAGUGAUGUUCUUCGAGCCCAUCAGUUUCGAUGCAAAGAACGCGGCUCAGCGCCAGUACCCGAGGGGCAGUCGAAAGGCCGAAAGAGAUCUUCGUGUCUUUCCUGUGUAAAGCUGAGGACGAAAUGUGACCAAGAAACCCCCUGUACUCGCUGUCAGGAACUGGGAAAGGAAUGCAUCCGAUCGGCGUCUAGUCCACAAAGGGCGCAAGAGGCUGCCAGGCCUAAAAGUCGGGACGCGAUCCCGAUCCAUCAUCUGCUCAACGCUCCUGACGGCGAUGACCUGGUGCCCCGGUUCCCGAUUCGAGAUACCCCUCCAGGCGCCGGGGGUGACGAGGACGAUGCGACGGUCAACGAAACAGAGGACUCCUCCGAAGCCUCACAUUGGAGCGAGGACUAUGAAAACCCCCACGAUGUCUUCGCUGGUGCAAGUCUGGCCGACCUGGAAGGGAUGAAUUUCGACUCUUUCUUCGGAGGCUUUGAGAGCUUGACGUUUGGCUCGUAUCCCCUGAAUGCUGACAUGUCAAACAUCACGAGCGGGACGGGUAUUGUUUCUCCAUCUGCCAUGGCGCUCGAACCUCGCGCCUAUGAGAUUCGACAGCUGCUGCUGGGCGCAGCCACCAAGUUUGCAAUCGAGUACCCGGACAGUCCUCAGCUCGGGCACCUGGAGACAAACAUCGGACUCCUCACCCACGUGGAAAUAGACCACUGUCUCACCCUGUUCUUCAACAACUACUACCGGCACUGUCCGAUUAUUCAUCGCCCAUCCUUUCAACCUACCAUUGCCCCUAUCCCUCUUGUGUUGGGCUGCGUCGCUCUGGGGGCAAUGUACUCGGAACAGGCCAAAGUCUGCUGGAUGAAGAAUCUUCUGGACGUUAUUGAAUCAUAUAUCUUCUCGCUGCCGGAGGUGAGAGACGAGUUCUUUGGCACUCUGGGGGUUUUGGAGGCACCCGAUGAGGAUGCCGUGGAAUACCACUUUCAACUGUUUCAAGGGGCCUACCUUUUUGUCGUCGUCCAAUACUUCUCGGGGAAUCUAGCCGGCCGGAGAAGAGCGAGAAGGCAGAGGUUCCCUUCGAUUCUGAAUCUCGCGCGAUAUUUCGGCUUGCCAGCAGCGCAGCAUUCAAACGUUGUUGCAAUACCGGACGAUCUCGCUUUUCAGCGCUGGGUGCGGAUCGAGGCCCGUAUUCGGACGAUGAAUGUGCUGCUCGCCCUAGACUCAGCCAUGGGAAUCUUCAACAACGUCCCUCCUCGCAUCAACUACUGCGAAGUAGAUCUUCAGCUGCCAUGCCAUCCUGAAUAUUUCGAGUUGUUAGGCUAUGCGGACAUGCUUCAACGGGGUUCAUUCCCUCGUCCGCGGAUGAAGUUGAUCGAAGCUUUCCAGAAACUAUUCGUCCAUCCUGGCGAGCUCAAGGCGGCAUAUCAGAACGAGAAUUUGUGUUGUUGGGAUAUGCUCUACCUUACCCACGUUCUGUAUACCCACUGUUGGCAGCAUCUGUUUGGAAACCCACUCAAUCGGAUAUCGUCCACUUCGCUGGCUUCGGAGCUACAUCUGGUGUACGAGCCGAUGAAGACUGCCCUGGCAAACUGGAAGACUCUCUGGGAUGAUGUCCGCGCGAAACUGUCCCGUGCAAACGUCAGCGAGAUGGGUUUUGAAACUUCGGCCGACAGUUACUGGACACUUGUCAGAAUGAUUGUGCUGAAAUUCGAACACAGAAAAAGUGCCAGCAGCGCCGCCAGCAGCAUAAACGGAGCCGCUACUAACUCCACCAGUGGUUUGGCGCACAGAGAGGCAGGAGCCAGUGACGAUGGGAUGAGUGAGUCGAGCGCCAACGGUAGGGCGACAGGAGGACUCAGUCCUAGCUUGGACUUUAUGCCCCUCGAGGCGGAUUGCGACAGUCAAGGCGCCCACUUGAGGAAGAUCCUGCAAAAGUGAUUGCCGGAAUUGAUCACUGUCCGCCAUGUUCUCGAGCAAGGAAAUGUCUAAUGCGCGAGCUGCUAUCUGCGACUGCUUACGAUUGACCCUAUGCUUGCAACAGUCCGCCUGCUUUACUCAGAGCCUGUGGAGAAGGAGAGGACGCUUCAUCUGAACAGCCAAACCGAAACAUUCGUACAGCCUUUACAGCGAGUGUUGAAGGGUGUCUUGAUCUCGGCGUUGUCAUGAGAAACCCAGGUCCGUUCUCAGCCGCCCCAAAAUGCUGCGACUUAUGCAGAUGUCUCGAAGUCCCGCCGAAUCGUCGCCACGAAACAUCGAAAUAUUCCGCAAAGCACGCCCAAGGGCUGAAAGGACAAGCAACUUUCAAGUGAAGACUUGGUUCCAGGGGAGUGGGCGUUCUGACUGUCUUUUUCUGGCCCGCUCCCCGUGCGCUGUCAGACAGCAAACGCUGCCACUGGAAUGCAGUGGAUUCCUACGACCUUACAGAAGGCUUGUGGCAUUGAGAUUACGGCAAUGUGUGGAGGCGCCAGAUGUGGACGUUUUCACUACCCUGGAGACUAUACUGUCACAGCCACCUCAGGUGCUUCAACGUGCGGGUGGCAGAGGAGGCGUGAGGACCUGCCCUCUUGGCGAUGAUGUCGGCCUUCAUGGGCGACACGGCGAGGAAGGACAGCCUGUUGCAGUCCCAGCACAAGGCUGGGCACGAAAUCACGGCAGUUGGCCAAAACAACCUGGACCAUCGGAAUUCCCCCGCGACCAAGAAGCGCUGACUGGACAUGACACAAGCCAGUCACCAUGGUGCUGUGGGUGGGAGAGUUCAUGGAGGACAGGGCAGGUCAUGGGGAGAAUACCCAUCCUCCACAUCCGAGGAUGGGGAUUGAACGAAUGCAGUGACCACAGCGAAACCCCAGUCACCGCCGACCAGAUUGGGAAAAUGAGGGGCUUGCGGAGGAGCAGCUUCCGCCUGGCAGCUUCCGAAGAUGCGGUCCAGCCUUUUGGAUCUCGUGGGGCGAGUCGAGUUGCCCAUUUAAGUACUGUGUAGUCAUGUACCCUUGCCGCUAGCUUUCAGCUCCUUUGAAGUCGA